AAGAUGUCUAAUCUCAACAAUCGAGUCUUGACUGAGAGUCUGUCACUUCGCGAAUAUAUACAGAUCGUCUAGGAUUUAACGGCAGAGUUGUUAUUGAAUCAUUUAUCAAUCUCAGAAUCUUAAAACAAGCUCAUAAAGGAAGACCUAAGAAACUGAGAACAUGGGAGACUGGGGGUUUCUUUCUGCUUUACUGGACAAGGUGCAGUCCCACUCUACUGUGAUUGGCAAAAUAUGGAUGACCGUCCUCUUCAUAUUCCGAAUCCUGGUUUUGGGAGCUGGAGCAGAGAAUGUUUGGAGUGAUGAACGAUCUAACUUAGUAUGCAACACAAACACACCUGGUUGUGAGAACGUGUGCUACGACUGGAAGUUCCCCAUCUCACAUGUUCGCUUCUGGGUGAUGCAGAUCAUCUUCAUAUCUACUCCAACGUUGGUGUAUCUGGGCCACGUGGUGCACGUCAUUCACCAAGAGAACAAACUGAGAGAGGAGCUGAAAAGGAACCCAGUAGCAAAGUCACCAAAAUACUCGAAUGAAAAGGGCAAAGUUGUUAUUAAAGGCAGCAUGCUGGGUAGCUACUUGACUCAACUGUUUAUUAAGAUCCUAUUAGAAGUCGCUUUUAUCGUUGGACAGUAUUAUCUGUUUGGAUUUAUCAUGGAGCAUAUGUUCCACUGUCAAAAAUUACCCUGUACAGUUAUGACCGAAUGUUUCAUGUCUAGACCCACAGAGAAAACCAUCUUCAUUAUCUUUAUGCUGGUUGUAGCAUGCAUAUCUCUGGCUUUAAAUGUUCUAGAAGUAUUCUAUUUGCUUUGUAAGAGGAUAACUGGGAAAAAAGACAAACACAGGGAGAUAAUUUAUGUUAAUGAUACCAGAUAUCCUUCCCAGUUUUCUGUAGAACUUGAUGCUGUUAAUGGAAUGAGACACAAUGAGCUAAACAUGGCCCUUCAAAACAGGUGGGACCAAAGCAAAGGAGGUCUUGAUGCGGCCAAAUCUCAGCUUUAGAGUCAGUCAAUGUGCUAAUUAAAAUACAUAUUACCAUACCAAUGUAAUCAACAUUAACAGUAGUAUUAAUAUCAAGGUAACGCUCAGCCUAUGCGUACAUUCACUUUUGUUAAUUGUACACUAGAUGGCGCAAUAACCUUUCAAUAUUCACACACUAACUCACACUACAAGGCCAGUGCAUUAUUUUUCUCUUUGUCUCUGUCAAUAAAAACAACCAUAAAUUAAAUAAAUACCGCACUUAACA